AUGUCUCAGGAAGACCUUGCUGCGACGGCGGUGUCUUUUAAGGCACCUCCCUUCUACUCGCAGGACCCAUCCUUGUGGUUCUGUCUCUUGGAGUGCAGCUUCAAGGCAUCCAAGAUCACUAACAGCCUCACCAAAUUCAACCAUGCUGUUAGCUUCUUGCCAUCCGACGUGCUUACACAUAUCUCUGUCGUCAUCUCCACUGCUGCCUCCUCUGACACUCCCUAUGAAGAUUUGAAGACUGCCCUACUAACGAGUCUACAAUCUUCCGUCGCCACCCGUCUCCGUGAGCUCCUCUCUAGUGAGGAAUUAGGUGAUGAGAAGCCGUCACAGUUGCUGAGUCGCAUGAAGCAACUGCUUGGUGACAAGUACCAAGCCUUCGACGCUGAUCUCUUCAAGCAACUGUUCUACCAGCGCCUUCCUCCUGCCAUCCAGCGUAGCCUCUUCAGCGUCAAGGACACUUUGAAACCUGACGCCAUCGCUAAGUUGGCAGACGACUUCCUGGCGAUUCUUCCUGCAACACCUGCUUCUCCUGUGUCUUCUGUCACUACCACACAGAAUGACACCCAGUUGUCUCACCUUACCAAGCUCAUCUCUCAGCUUACCACCGAGGUUAACUACUUGAAGAAGCAACUGCAUGAUGGCCGUCGCUCACGUUCCUCCACUCCUCGCCGCCUCCAGCGCCGCUCCCGUUCUAGGAGCCCAGGUCUGUGUUGGUACCACAACAAGUUUGGUGCCAAGGCCAACAAGUGCGUUUCCCCAUGCACCUACAACACGUCAAACACCAACGGCGAGCAGUGA